AUGUAUGCCACCCUCGAAUCACGCACACAGCUGUCGCUAGGGAAUGACCAGGGUGAAACUACGACGAAAGCAUCAGCAGCAUGGGCGAUCUUGCUCAGCACUUGGGCUGCGUCAACUCAAGUUACAUUUGCUUUAAGCUACCCAGAGAGCGCCAGUGCCGACCCAGUUGUAGUUGAAACCUCUGUCGAGGCAGACUUGAGGAUCGCAGAUGUUCUUCGGUCCGUCCACUUUCAGCCGCCAUGUGUACUUCCAAAUGGCGAAGUCAAACAUCUCAUGAUACAGUGCCUAGCAGAGAAGAACGGCGACUAUGCUUCAAUAAAGAGCCUGCCAAAGGACAGCGGUCCGCAGCUAAGAGGGAAGAGUUGUGCGUUGGACAUAUUCCUGCAAUCCACCGCCUCCGGGAUUGUCAUCAGGGCUACAUACGAUGUUGCCGUGAUCGAGGAGGUGCAGAUUCGGCGAGUUUUGUACCAGUAUGAGCAUAUUCUUCGUCAAUUAACGGCCGCUACGGCCGAUAUAUCAAACACGCUCGUCAGAGAUAUCGAGGUUUUUAGCCCUCAAGACGCUCGCGAGAUGGAAUCUUGGACUGACCUUCCCAACUCAACUUUGAAUGCUUGUGCGCACCAUUUAAUCGAGCAACAGGCCAAGAGGCAACCGUCCGCGCCUGCAAUUUCGGCCUGGGAUGCCCAAUUCACAUAUGACGAACUAGAUGGUCUUUCUAACCGCCUGGCAUCACAUCUUAGCGAGCUGGGGAUCGGUCCAGAUGUCUUGGUCCCUUUCUGUUUCGAGAAAUCAGCAUGGGCGGUAGUAUCAAUGCUUGCUAUUCUCAAAGCUGGCGGAGCUUGCGUAGGCCUUGACAGUAGCCAUCCCGAGUCUCGACUGAGUAGAAUCAUUGAAGACUGUGAUUCUCGUGUUAUUCUCACUUCGAGUCAAUGUAAAGGGUUGUUCUCGGGCCUCGAUCUCAACAUCAUAGUGGCAGGAGAAGAGUUUGUCCGAAGCCUACCCUCCAAAGCUUCCCCCCCUAAUACCAUAGUCAAUUCUUCGCACGCAGCAUACGUCACUUUCACCUCAGGAACGACAGGAGUCCCAAAGGGUAUCGUCAUUGAGCAUCGAGCCAUCUGUUGGAGCGGCGAGACCCAGGGCCGAACUCUCCGCCUUGGUCCAGCCUCACGUGUUCUCCAGUUUGCCGCGUAUAGCUUCGACAUUAGCAAUGGCGAUAUAUUGAAUACGCUUAUAAAUGGUGGUUGUAUCUGUGUGCCAUCCGAGCACGAGAGAUCCAACGAUCUAGCUGCUUUCAUCACCCGCACCAGGGUCAAUUGGGCCUGUCUCACCCCAAGUGCGACCAGCAUCUUGCAUCCAUCAGACGUGCCAACUUUAGAAACAUUGGUGCUCUGUGUUCGCAUGUGGGCAGACGCCGUGUAUCUAGUUAAUGCUUACGGCCCGGCGGAAACUACCAUCCUUUGCACCAGCAAUCCCGGGGUGAAGCCUACUACGAGCUGUAGAAAUUUAGGUAGCAAUAUGGGAGCCAAUACUUGGAUUGCUAAUCCGGCCGUCCAUAACCAGUUGCAGCCUCUGGGAUGUGUUGGGGAGAUACUCAUCGAAGGCCCUCUUGUUGCAAGGGGUUAUCUCAACGACGCAGAGAAGACUUCUUCCUCCUUCAUUGAGAAUCCAUCGUGGGCUAUCGGCGGCAACUCUGACUCUCAAAGGCCUCGCCGGUUUUACAAGUCCGGAGAUCUCGGCUUCUUUAACACGGACGGUACCAUCACCUUCACCGGCCGCAAAGACAGUCAGGUCAAGAUCCGGGGGCAGCGAGUUGAGCUGCAUGAAAUUGAGCAUCAUCUUCGUGCUGUUUUGGCCACGAAGACUGGCAGCGUGGUCGCGGAUGUCCUGUCGAUUGCAGGUCGAGACUUAGUCGCAGCCUUUAUAUGUCUUGGAGAUCAGAUAGAGGAAGAGGUUGUUGAUUUCAAGCACAUUUCGGAGCGUACGAGAGCCAUUUUGGUUUCCACAGUGGAGGGAGUUCCAACGCGACUGGUAGACUUAUUGCCAAAUCAUAUGAUACCAUCAAUGUUCUUCCCGCUCAAAACUUUGCCCCUCAAUCGGUCUGGAAAGAUUGAUAGGGCUAGGCUCAGGGAGCUCACAUACAAGCUAACUUACGAGGACCUGGCCCUGAAAGAUAAGACCAGACCAGACACAAGGGGGCCAGCCACAGAUCUUGAAAAGCAACUCCAAGACCAUUGGGCCUCAGUAUUGAGAAUAGAACCAACAAGCAUUAGUGUUGAAGAUAACUUCAUUAAGAUCGGCGGAGAUUCCUUGGCCGCCAUGAAACUUGUUGCUGCCUGCCGAACAAGCGGCAUUCUCCUGCAAGUUGCCGAUGUCCUGAGCGCGGCGACACUCGCAGAUUUGGCAUCGACUGUUGACCUCAAACGUUUGAAUGGCCAAGAUGAGAGUCUAGAAGCAAAGACUUUACGCUUUUCUUUGCUAGACAAUAAGGUAUCUGCCCAAAAUCUCAUCGACGCGACGCUCGCACAAUGUGGUGACAUUGAAGAUGCCGACAUGAUUCAAGAUGCAUAUCCAUGUACUGCUCUUCAAGAAGGGCUGAUGGCGCUCUCAUUGAAGCAACCUGGAUCUUACGUUGGACAAGAAGUGAUCAAGCUACCCGAGAAUGUUGACAUCUCAAAGUUCGAGGAUGCCUGGAAGCAGACUAUUGACGCUUGCGAUAUACUCCGGACUAGGUUGAUACAUGGCGAGAGUGAAACACUUUUUCAAGUCGUGCUCACCACAUCAGGGCCUUGGCUCCAGCGGACAAUUUCAAGCUCCGACAUGCUUCAAGAGAUCCUAGACUCGGAACGAAGUCUAGUAAUGAGCCUCGGACUGCCCUUAUCGCGGUACUCUGUCGUAGAAGACGGCUCCACUGGCACAAGAUACUUUGUGUGGACGAUUCAUCAUGUGCUUUACGAUGCUUGGUCGAUGCCAAUUAUUAAAAGCAUGGUAGAGAAGUUCUAUGCCGGCGGAGGAAUUGAAGAGCCUGUCAAUUUUAGGAAGUUUAUCAAGGAGGUACAGCACCUUAACAGAGACGCAAGUGAAGAGUUCUGGAGGCUCUAUCUUGAAGAUUGUGACGCACCGAUCUUUCCCACAAUCUCGACUCCUGCAUAUUUGCCUGAUGCAAGGUCAACUCUGGAUCACAACUUCCAACUUCCCCAAGGUCAACGAGAAGCGGCCUAUUAUACCUUGCCCACCGUCCUGCGCGCUGCCAUGGCACGUCUUGUCGGCAGCUACACCAACUCCAAUGACGUAGUGUUUGGCGUCACCUUGUCCGGGCGAAAUGUCUCGAUCCCAGACAUAGCCUCACUCGUUGGCCCAACUAUUGUGACCGUGCCAGUACGGAUUCGCUGGACUGACACAACGUCUCUGGGUGACUUUCUUGUCGGAGUUCAACAGCAAAGCGUUGAUAUUAUUCCCUUUGAGCAGCUAGGAUUACAGAAUAUCCAGCGUCUUGGUGAGGGGCCAAACCACGCAUGUCAGUUUCAAAGUCUUGUCAACAUCCGGACUCUUCCCGAAGACAUCGAGGCCGGUAGCCAUACUCUGUUUCCUCCAGGCAACAUCAUGGGUGGCGAGAUGGGAAGCUACGGGACUUAUGCAUUCAUUCUUUAUUGUGUCAUCACGCCAACUCACGAGGUCCUGGUUCGGGCAGCUUACGAUGACAAGAUCCUCGAUCGUUUACAGGUAACUCGAUACGUCAGACAGUAUGAGCACAUUGUACGUCAACUCUGCCGCCUUGAACACCCCACAAGGAUGGACGACAGUGUUAUGUCAUCCAUUACAGAGUCGGACUGGGACGAGGUUCAGAGUUGGAACUCGUCUAGCCUGAUCAGCGUCAACUCCUCUUUUCCAACUCUUUUCAAAGAACAAGUAGAACUCCGAUCAAAUGCAGUUGCAGUCCACGGAUGGGAUGGAAAUUUGAGUUACGCACAGCUGGACCACCUUUCCACACGUCUGGCAGUUUAUUUGAUUGAGAAAUCUCAUGUCAGCCCCGGGACGUUUGUUCCCCUCUGCUUAGAGAAGUCGUUAUGGAGCAUUGUCACAAUCAUGGCGACAAUCAAGACCGGGGCGUGUAUGGUCCCCAUGGAACCUCUACACCCAAUCCACCGCCGUCAUGUUGUUGUUGCCGCGGUGGAAGCCAAGGUGAUUCUCUGCUCUGAGCAAUACGCCUCAGACUUUCGGGAGCUUGACGAACAAGUACUGGUCAUAAAUGAGGAUCUUCUUGAAUCGCUUCCCUCUCAUCAACCAGAAAGCUCUCUGUUAUCACUUUCAUCACCCUCAUCCGCACUCUAUACGCUCUUUACCAGCGGGUCUACAGGAACUCCCAAAGGUGUGGUCAUGGAGCACGGCGCUUUUCUCUCCAGUGCUGUCGCCUACGCUAAGGCCUUCUGUCUUUCGAACCAGUCGCGUGUGGCUCUCUAUUCCUCGUAUAGUUUCGAUGUCAGCAUGCUUGAGAUUCUCACCCCCUUGAUAUUGGGUGCCAGUGUUUGCGUUGUUUCCGACCAUGAUCGGCUGCAUGACCUUGGCCCGGCUAUGGAAGCUUUGGGUUCCAAUGCCGCUUUCCUGACACCUACCGUAGCCAGGACUAUCGAUCCAGGAAGCGUACCUACACUGCAAGUUCUCGCUCUUGGAGGCGAAUCUGUGGAUCGUUGCGAUAUUGAUCAAUGGGAAUCCUCUAUCCCGCACUUCUUUGAAUGGUAUGGUCCCACGGAAUGCGGCGUAAUAUCAAGCGCUUUCGCCAAUCAUAGUUCGACGAGCGAGCUGCACAAUCUCGGUCGCCCAUUCAACGCAAAGUACUGGGUUACUGCAGUCGACGAUCCGAACAAGCUGGUUCCCAUUGGAGCGGUGGGUGAACUGCUCAUAGAGGGGCCCAUUCUCGCUCGAGGCUAUCUCGGAGAUUCUGUCAAGACUGAGAAUGCAUUCGUCAAGGGUUUGGUCUGGGCAACGGAUAGACAGCGCCGAUUCUACCGAACUGGUGAUGUUGUUCGCUAUGACGCUACAGGGAACGUCAUAUUCCUCGGACGCCGCGAUACGCAAGUAAAACUGCGUGGUCAACGUAUUGACUUGGGGGAAAUCGAAGCUGGUAUUCUUGGCUCAGCUCCUGAUUUGCAGUCAGCUGUUGUCGAACUUGUCAGUAUCAAAAAUCAGGAUCCAAUCCUCGUGGCAUUUGUCUGCCUCAAGAAUGACCGUACCAAAAACCAUCAUGGGGACGACUAUUUGAUUCCUUCGUCUCCCAAGCGCGAUGCCUUCCUGUCGUCGCUAAAUAAGAUCGAAGUGCGACUCUUGAGGCUACUCCCCAAAUACAUGAUUCCUUCUUUGUUUGUGCCUCUAUGGCGUCUUCCUCUGACAGCAUCCAAGAAGGUUGAUCGCAAAAGUCUCUGCAGCUUGGUUUCUAAGCUGUCAAAGAAGGAACUCGCUGAGUACCGCACUACAGCCUUGAUUGGCCGAAGCCCGUCAACAUGGGCAGAAAAACAACUGCAACGCUUAUGGGCCACCGUCUUAUCCCUAGAACCAGAGGAAAUCAGCGCAGAAAGUAGCUUCCUGGCUAUUGGUGGUGACUCUAUCCGAGCAAUUCGCCUGGUGGCAGCUUGCCGUUCGUAUGGGUUACAGCUCUCGAUCCCGCAAAUAUUUCAAAGCCUCAAAUUAGAAGACAUGGCGCUUCUCUUGACCAAAAACACCGUAGAGGGCAUCGAAAACGUCCAAGAAACGACAUCGAGACAGUUUGACAGAAACCCAGAGCCGUUUUCAAUGUUCGAUGACAAUCCCGGCCAAGAUGCCGCCGAUACUCCGGCUCAUGCUCUAGCUAUGGAGGAAGUGUUAUUUCAAUGUCAUAUUCGUGAUGAGAAGCUUGUUGAGGACAUAUAUCCCACUACACCGCUUCAAGAAGGGCUCAUGGCACUUUCGAUCAAAGAAGCCAAUUCCUAUCAGUCCCAAUCCGUCAUUGAUUUGACCUCGGCGGGAAUAGACAUCAAUAAAUUCUGUGCCUCGUGGGAUCAUGCAGCUGCAAUAACUCCUAUUCUCCGGACUCGAAUAUGCAACACAGAGAGCAGAGGCUCCUUGCAGGUUGUUUGUAAAGAGUCGAUUCAAUGGCACACGAGUCAUGAUUUGGAUGAAUACCUGAAGCAGGACUGCGACCGGCCAAUGUCGCUCGGGGAGCCUCUUGCAAGAUAUGCUAUUGUUGGCAGUCCCUCAGGGCGCUAUCAUUUCGUGUGGACGGUACAUCACGCUGUGUAUGAUGCUUGGACGAUUCGCUUAAUUUUGGACCAUGUUCAUGGCUCCUACGUUGGCAGAAGCAUCGAGCAGCCGGUCGUAGCUUUCUCGAGAUACAUCAAAUAUGUGCAAGAAAGUAAUCAGCCAGCUGCAAGUGCUUUGAGCGAGCAGUUCUGGAAGUCUCAGCUCGACGGUGCUACCUUGUCUGAGUUCCCUCGGCUGCCCAGGCCAACAUAUCACCCACGACCAGACACGGUCACUCACCACAGCUUCGAUCUUCCGUCAGGGGCACAGGUCGCAGGCAAUUACACUAGGUCUACACUGGCCUUAGCCGCCUGGGCUCUUGUUGUUGGCCGCUACACAGGCUCCACGGAUGUCGUUUUUGGCACGAUUCUUUCUGGAAGAUAUGCGCCAAUCGCCGGCAUCGAGCAAAUCUUGGGCCCUACGAUCAACACAGUUCCAAUACGCCACAAGUUGGGUCUAGAUCAAACGGUUGACCAGUAUUUGGGCGAUUUUCAGAAGCAGGCAAUCAGUAUGAUUCCUCACGAGACCUUCGGGUUGCGACAGAUUCAACGGCUGAGCGACAGCAUCUACCAGGCUUGCCAAUUCCGAAGCCUUAUAGUAAUCCAGCCUGAAGGGAAAGAUAGCAGUGAUGAUGAUUCCAAGGAAACUGAAGGAUGGCUUGAGAAAUUCAGUUCCCCUCCUGGUGAGCUGGACUUUGCUGGAUACCCUCUAGCUCUAGACUGUAGCAUGACGAAAACGGGCAUGAAGGUCGUUACGACGUACGAUUCUAACAUCGUCAGUGCUGCUGAGAUGGGCCGCGUUCUUCGCCAGUUCACGCAUGCCCUCACACAGCUCUGUCUUCCACGGUCGUCGGCCACACGGCUUAGCAGCCUAGAAAUUCUCAGCAAUCAUGAUAUCCAGCAAAUCCGUGACUGGAACCAGCCGCCGUUACCGGCUGUCAACAGUUACCUCGAUCAAAUCUUCCGUUCUUCUGUCUUGAUCCAUCCUGCGGCUCCGGCCGUACACGCAUGGGACGGCAAUUUCAGUUACUCUGAGCUGGAUGACCUUUCAACAUCCCUAGCACUACGCUUGAGACAAUCUGGCAUUAGAUCAGAGGUAGCAGUUCCGCUUUGCUUCCACAAGACGAGAUGGUACUUGGUUGCUAUGAUUGCCGUCCUCAAAGCUGGGGGCACCUUCGUACCCCUUGAUUCGGGUCAACCACUGUCGCGGCUUAAGAGUAUCAUGCUACAGACGAAGGCAGGUACCGUCUUGUGUUCCCCUCAGAAUGAGAACUUAGUUCGAGAGCUCUCAUGCGACGAUAUCAUCACAUUAGGAGAUGAUUAUCUCAGUGAACCUGAGAUUCAGGUGGGCUUAGCUGCUGAAGAAUUAAGAAACAGCCACAAAACACCAGAUGACGCUGCGUAUAUCAUCUUUACCAGCGGCUCUACGGGCGAACCGAAAGGCUGCGUGGUUACUCACCAAGCUUAUUGCACCCAUUUGGCGGCACAUGUCAAAUAUGUUGAAGGUUCGACAGUUCGGUCGCUACAAUUCUCCUCAUACUCCUUCGACAUGAGCCAUCUCGAGAUCUUCACCACCCUUAUCGCCGGUGGUUGCGUAUGCAUCCCAUCGGAUGCUGAUCGCUUAGAAAAUAUCGCGGAUGUUAUAUCAGACAUGGAGAUCAACUGGGCGUGCUUGACCCCAUCCGUGGCAAGGCUUAUAAACCCAGCCGCUGUGCCCACGCUUAAAACGCUCUGGAUUGGUGGAGAAGGUAUUUCCCAAGAUGACAUCCGCCCUUGGCUUGGACAGGUAAAUGUUGUGCAAAUGUACGGGCCGACGGAGUGCGCGGUCGUCUCGAGCCUUGUACGCGUCGGCAACAAGACGCAUCCAAAUGACAUUGGCAAGCCUUUGAUGUCAACCUACUGGAUCGUCGAUCCCGAGGAUCAUCAUGUGCUUCUUCCUGUGGGAGCUGUUGGUGAGCUACUGAUCGCUGGCCCGGUCUUAGCACGUGGAUACCUUGGGGAUGCAGCCAAGACGGCCGCCUCCUUCAUCGAAGACUCUCCUCGAUGGCUGCGCUUGUUCGGAAAUGCAUACGAGAAACCCCAACGAAUGUACAAGACGGGUGACUUGGUGCGGUACGAUUCGGAGGGUGCCAUAUUGUACAUGGGCCGCAAGCAAAGUGAUAUGCAGGUCAAGCUCAGGGGCCUGCGCAUCCAACUCGACGAGGUUGAACAUCAUCUUCGUAAAGCACUUCCGGAUUAUGGCCGCGAUCUUGUCGCGGAGCUUGUAUACGUCGAGGGCAAGGCAAUGCUCGUGGCAUUCUUGGCGGUCGCUAAGAAUAGUGAGCCGCAAGCAUCAGACAAAGAUUUGUUAAACGUCGAUGCCGCCACCAGGUCAAGACUUGCCCCGAUUGUCUCGGGAGUUGAUGCAAACUUAGCCACAGUUAUGCAUAGCAGCAUGAUACCCUCCGGAUACAUUCCUGUUCGUUCUAUCCCCAUGUCGACUACUGGCAAGACCAAUCGAGCGCUACUCAAACGGUUGGUCUCUAGUCUUUCUCUCAGCCAGCUCAAUGGUCUCAAGGUCAAAGUGACUGAUGAGCAUAUUGAGCCGUCGACAUCGAUGGAGAGGCUCUUACAGGAGAUUUGGGCUGCGGUUCUUGGCGUGGACCAGACCACUAUCAGUGCCGGAGACGCAUUCUUCAAAAUAGGCGGAGACUCCAUUACGGCAAUUCGCCUCACCGGGGCGUGUCGUGCCCAGAACAUUGUGUUGUCUCCGCGAGACAUCUUCCAGAAUCCAGUCUUACGUGAUAUGGCCUCUCUAGCAACACUAGUGGAUCCGAAUGAAGCUCAGACUGCCGAUUGUGAGGAAGGUCAGGUGGCGCACUUCUCUCUUCUUGGACAGAUGAGUAUGUAUCAGCGUGCUGCCAUGGAAUGUGGCGUUUCCCAGGAAGAUAUUGAAGAUAUUUAUUCUUGUACAGCUCUGCAAGAGGGUAUGAUGGCAGCUUCGGUGAGAAUUCCCGGAGCGUACGCAGCGAAGGGGGUAGCGGAACUCCGAAGUGACGUCGACCUUGAUCGUCUCAGGGAUGCAUGGGAGAGGGUCGUCCAGCUCAAUCCAAUUCUUAGGACUCGUCUCAUUCCUGCCUCCUCGGGUAGUGAUGGCCAGUUUGUUCAAGUUGUGGUCAGAGAGUCAAUCAAUUGGCAAUACUCAGAGUCACUGGAUGACUACACGGCCCAAGACAGCCAUAAAGCAAUGGGUCUUGGCCGGCCACUCGCCAGAUACGCCCUUGUCAACGACAAGGCUUCUGGGCGGCGAUUCUUCGUCUGGACCAUUCACCAUUCUCUAUACGAUGGAUGGUCACUGUCACUUAUUCUCAAGGCCGUCGAUGAUACCUACCGCAAGACGCUCGAUAGUGCCGGGGCUUAUCAGAAAACCACCAAGGAUUUCAGAUUCUACAUCAAGCAUCUCGAUCAAACUACCAGCGUAGAGGCUGCUGAGGCUUAUUGGAAGUCAUCCUUGCAAGAUGCAACACCUGCAAGUUUCCCACCGUUGGUACUGACAUCAGUGCGCCAACGACCUCGGCCUGAUUCGACGCUGCAACACACCAUCCAGUUGGCACAAGGUAGCACUCAGCACACAAGCGCUGGCAUUACCAUCCCAACCGUUGUUCGUGCCGCUUGGGCUAUUCUUAUAGCCAGGUACACUGACUCGAGUGAUGUCUUCUUUGGGACUGUCGUUUCGGGUCGAGCAGCGCCGUUGCCAGGAAUUGAGAAUAUCGCGGGGCCAACGGCGAGCACGGUGCCUGCGAGGAUCACAGUCAACUCUGAUGCACCUGUUUCCGACUAUCUGCGCCAGGUGCAAGACCACGCAGCAGACAUGAUGCCGUUCGAGACGUUAGGUAUGCAGAAGAUUCAACGCCUGAGCGAGGGUGCGCGGGCCGCAUGCGGCUUCCAGAACCUCCUUGUUAUCCAGCCGAAGCCUACCUCCACCGCCAAUCUGGUCUGCCCAGUCCAGGUGGCUGCUGCAGGUGAUGUAUUAGACAACAUUAAAGAUACGUAUGCCAUGGGCAUAGAGUGCUCCCUUGCAGAAGAGUCGAUUGAGAUUGAUGCUGCCUACGAUUCCAACACCCUGAGCCAUAAGCAGAUGCGGAGAAUUAUUAGCCAGUUCGACGACCUCAUCCAGCAGCUUCUCCAGGCAAACGAAACGCUUCUAGUGGGAGAACUUGAUGUACUAGGCCCUAGUGGCCGGGAAGAGAUCGAAAGUUGGAACGCGAGUAGUCCAACUCUCCAAGGCGCUACACAAUGCUUGGACGAGUUGUUCAGGUCAAGUGUCCAUCAAAACGGCGGAAAACUCGCUAUUGAGACAUGGGAUGGCAAUCUCAGCUAUGAAGAGCUUGACCAAGCCUCUAACAGUCUAGCCCAUCACCUAGUCAGCGUAGGCGUCGGACCUGAGGUCAAGGUUCCGUUGUGCUUUCAAAAGUCAAAAUGGAUGGUGGUUGCUAUGCUUGCCGUGGUCAAAGCUGGAGGUGCCAUGGUUCCAUUGGAUCCAGGUCAUCCCCGAGACCGUCUAGAGUUCAUCAUGAAUGCCGUCAAAGCGAAUGCAGUUCUCUGCUCCGCAGACCAAGCUAGCUGGAUAUCUGAGUGCAAAAACAAGACUGCAAUUGUGGUUGAUGACCGCUUCGGCCCUAGCCCUGACAACCAAGUCAUUAGUGGACGUACCGCCCUCUCCAACGCACUCUAUGUGGUCUUCACCUCCGGAAGCUCAGGAGAGCCGAAGGGAUGCGUCAUGGAGCACCGAGGAUUCUGCUCUAUGGUACCUAAUCUCGCACAAAGUGCCCUCUUUGGGCCUUCCGUGCGCAUUCUCCAGCUAGCUUCAUACAGUUUCGGCGCUGCCAUCGCUGAGAUGCUCGCAACUCUAAUAUACGGUGGCAGUCUUUGUAUUGUUCCAAGUGAGGCUCGAGCACGCCUCCCCCUGGUUCUCAAGGAAAUGAACAUCAACUACAUGUUUAUGACACCCAGCUUUUCACGGUUGAUUCCCCCGCAAGCGAUAUCUACUGUCAAGACACUCAUCAUGGGUGCUGAAAGCUUGACCCAGUCAGACCUUGAGAAAUGGGCUCCUCAUGUCAGUUUAGUGCAAGGAUACGGACAGACAGAGUGUGCCACUAUCAUGUCGUGCCAUCCCAAUAUGACAGCCAAAUCGCAUCCCAGGAAUGUCGGCAGUCCAAUGUCUUCGAGAUUCUGGAUCGUUGACGCUUCAAACCCUGAAAUCCUCGCUCCCAUCGGUGCAAUAGGUGAGAUACUCAUUGAAGGCCCAAUACUGGCCCGUGGAUAUCUCAACGAUCCUGUAAAGACGGCAGCAGCUUUUGUAAAGCCUCCGAGCUGGCGCAGCAACUUCCCCACGCUCGGCACUUGCGAGCGCCUCUACAGAACCGGCGAUCUUGCAUGCUUUUCCGAUGACGGCACUCUUAUCUUCAUGGGCAGAAAGGAUAACCAGGUGAAAUUGCGAGGCCAGAGAAUCGAGCUGGGUGAGAUCGAGCAUCAUCUGCAACGAGCCAUGCCAGGCGCAAAGGGCGUCCUCGUCGAGUUGGUCGAGAAGCCUAUUUCAGAGACCGAAACUUACUCCGCGUUGGUAGCUUUCGUUGCCUUGGGCCCUGAUGUUGCUUCGAAUGAUUUGAACAAGAUUGAUCCUGCCUCGACUGAAGCUCUGCACAAGUUGACUUCUAGUGCUACUCCGGAGCUUUCGCGUUUCCUGCCGCCCUAUAUGAUUCCAUCAGUCUAUCUACCGCUUGGCGCCAUACCCAUGACCACAUCUGCCAAGAUCAAUCGGCGAGCACUCAGAGCCAUCUUAUCCGACAUGUCUGUGGAUGAACUUACCUCUCAUAGCCAAUCCAAGAUAGCCAAACGUGAACCUUCUUCCCCUAUGGAGAAGCUCCUUCAAAAGCUUUGGUCGUCCGUGUUGCCUAUUGAUGCCGACUCUAUUGGGGCAGAUGACCACUUUUUGCAAGUUGGUGGUGACUCUAUGAGUGCUAUAAAACUAGUUUCACUAUGCCAGUCCGAGGGGUUCAAGCUUUCCGUUGCUGAUAUCUUCGAGAAUCCGACUCUAAGCAAGAUGGCGGCGGCCUUGCGAACCGAAUCGACGAAUGAGCAACAUUCGCGAAGGCAACACGAAUUUUCUACCGUCAACUCCACUGGAGGCGAAGUUAUGUCGGAUCUCAUUAACCACGGCAUCGUCAACAGUCAUGAUGAAGUGGAGGAUGUGCUAGAAACGACAUAUAUGCAAGCCGUACUCGUGGCUCGUGGCCUGCGAGAGCCCAAAUCCAAAGCAAACUAUAUAUCCCUCGACUUUAAGAGGGUAUUCGACAUUGCCCGCCUCGAAACUGCUUGCCGCGCCCUCGUUGAGCGACACCAAAUCCUGCGGACAGUCUUUUUCGCCCGGCGACAACAAUUACUCCAGGUUGUGUUGCGGUCGUUUUCGGGAGCCUUCAACCACUACCAGUGCAGCAAGGAUGAGUCUCUUGAGGUAUUUGCGGACAAAAUCAUAGAAGAAGACGCUUCAAAUGACCGAGUUGCCCUUGGCAAGUCCUUCAUUCGGUUCAUGUUUUUCGAUGGGGGCGCCGCGGGCUUCCGCCUCACUCUUCGCAUCAACCAUGCACAGUUUGACGGCAUGUCAUUCCCCUUGUUGCUAGAAGAUCUCGCAGCUGUGUAUAACGGCUCAGCAAGCGACGCAUCAAUCUGGCCCGGAUUCUCUAGUUUCAUCUACACCGCUCGCGAAAUGCAUGACGCUGGCGCUGUCGAGUUCUAUCGCGAUUUGCUAGAUGGUGCUUCCAUGACAGAGAUCACUCUGCACGAGAAGUCGCCCUAUUCAUAUUGCCCAGCCAAUCAAUUGCUAAUGCGACGAGUCCCCCGAGUCGAGUUCCCGGAACAUGGAAUUACUUUUGCCAUCGUCCUCAAAGCUGCUUGGGCCAAAGUUCUGGCUGCCGUCACAGGACAGCCGGAUGUUGUAUUCGGAUAUCUCGUCAGCGGACGGAGCCUCCCCAUGGCUCAAAUUGAGGACGUCAUCGGCCCAUGUAUCAACGCUGUCCCUGUUCGAGUAAAUACCAGUCAGACAAAGACAAAGCUCGAGCUGCUGGAGAAUCUCCGAGACCAAAACCUCCAAGGAAUGCCCUACGAAACUUACCCCUAUGAUAAGAUUGUUUCCCAGUGCACUCAAUGGCCUUGCGAAACCCGAUUCAGCACACUGCUCGAAUGUCAGGUCGCAGCUGUAGAACCGGGCAUGGUCGCCUUUGGCGAAGAUCUCGAAUGCUUUUUGUCGGCGACAAACCCUCAGUCAGACCUCGCUGAUCUUGUCGUCGACGCAAUGCCCAGUACAUCGGGCGGUGACAAGAAUGUGAUGUGUAUCCAGUUUCUUUACAGCUUAGAACGUGUCUCAAGUAGCCUUAUCGCUGACAUGGCCGACUUGUUAUGCUCCAUCCUCGAUCAGGUCAGCCACCAAAACGAACUUGACAAUCCCUUUUCCUCCGCUGCUCUCGCCAUGCAGUCCACAGCGAUCCAACCCAAUGGGCUAACCAACGGCAGUGCCAGCCAUCACGCUCAGAAACAUGCAACAAAUGGCGUCACCGAUGCGAACAAUACGAUGGACAUUCUGCCUGAUGUCAGAAAAGUCUGGCGUGAAGUGUUUGGUGAAGAGAAGAUUGAUCCAGGGGCACCAUUCUACUCAGUCUGGAGCAGCCGCAUAGCCGCGGUCCAACUGGCUGAUCAGUACAAGAUAUUGGGAUACAAGCUAGAAAUGGAGGACAUUAUUGAGCAUCCGACUAUGAAAGAGCAGAGCGAUAUCCUCAAUAGAAGGCAUGUGCCAAGCUAG